AUGCAUACACUUAAACCCUCUGUACAGUGCUUGAAAUUUAAGAGAUGCUAUGUUGAUAGGAACUCCUUACAAUAUAAAACUGCAAAUUUGGGGGAAAUUACCAAAUAUCUAACUAAUAAAGGUGUACCAAACCUUUUACAGGGGAACCUAUGCAAGAAAUACCUCGAUGCUGAUAUACAACUGAGGUUAUUCCCCACCAUCUUUCCUUAUCUCCCGACAAUAAAAGGCAGCACAAAAUAUUCAGCCUCUAUGAAUGCAAUAAGAUUGAUAAUAGAAAAAUUUGUCCUUUCAAAUGGGCAUCAAAAGCAGUUUAAAGACUAUUUUCUUCAUGUUAUGUCAGUCAAGAGUUACCAAGGUCACAAUAUCAGAACCCUCCCCUCAAAAGAGUACAAGUUUUUAACGGAAAACGAUAAAUUGAUAAUAAAAUGGAGAACUUGUGCACCUAAUCUCAGUUGUUCCCACCUAUUGCCAUUGAAUUCAGCAAAAUUGGAUGAAGGUUGGUCACAUCAUUCACGUAAGUUGCUUGAUUAUGUCAUUCAUCCGGCAGCCAACCAGAACUGGGGUACGAGAAAUGAUUUUCUUUCUACUGAAGAUAAAAACGUCACCAGGUUACUAAGUGGUGUAUUCAUAUUUGAGCUUAAUGAUGACAGUUCGAGAAUCGCGGUGCACACGAUUGAUAAUAUUGAGCUGAUUGAUUUUUCAAAGAAAAGUGUCACAAAUGAGAAGAAUGCCUUAGCUUGUUGA